AUGAAUCAGCGGUCAAGAAAAAUGUUUGAUGCCUUAGGUAUUGGGCCACCGGUGUCUGAACAAAUCGAAAAUCCAGGAAUUAGUAGUGAUAAGACACAAGUACAAUCAAAUCAAGUCAGUCAAAAUUGUGAUGAUAUUAUUAACAGCAGUGAAAACUCUGAAAUGGAUACUUUUGAAUAUUCCAUUGAAGAUUUUGAAGCAAUUUCGACAAUUGCUCAAUCUUCUACACACGUUGCUCAACAUACUAUUCCUCCCAAGUUGGACGUUAGAAGUACUCUGAAAUCAAAAUUGCAAUCGCAAGUUCCUCUUUUUGAACCUGAAUUACAGAUUCCUCUACCAGAGAAAUGUAAUGAAGAAACAUUUAUGGCCCAGUCAAGUCCCAUUGUAGACGGAAUCAAAACGUUGGAAGAUAAUCAACAGUCGGAUUCCCAGGAAUCAUCAAGUUCCUCAUCCUCUUCCAGCUCGAGCUGUAAUACUUCUUCUUCGGACGGAUCCAGCUCAGAGGAUUCAUUGGACGAUGAUGAUGCUGACCCCACUUUUAAUAUAAAUACAGAUGGCUAUGCGGAUGAGAGUUCUUCAAGUAAUGAUUUAACCGAACCUGAUGAUAACGCAGCUUUAAAUUCAAAGAAAUCAGAAUAA